AAUCUUGAUCGUCUGACUCUCGCUCCUGCGCAGUCUGCCCUGGCCUAAUCACCACUUUAACUUUCGUAUUUUAUUUUCUCUCCCCUCCGCUAACAUGUCGGAGUACAGCGCGGUACCGGCACCCGGGGCUGGAGCUCCUCUCGGCGGACAUCUAGCUAUUGGUAUCGGUAACGGUGGCGCAAUAAAAAAAGAUGCCUUUGCAGACGCGGUACAACGGGCCCGGCAGAUUGCUGCCAAGAUUGGUGAAUGUGCAGGGGUAGUCCCUAUGAACAACAUCAAUGCACCAGACGGCUUUCCCUUCACAGCACAGAAACGACAGCUGGAGGACCCAGAUCAGCCGGAGAGCAAGAAAAUGGCUCCACAGAGUGACGUGGACUCAGCCACAGCUCUGUCCAUCGGAGCCCAACUGGCAGCACUGGCCCAGCAGAGUGCCAGGCUCACAACCACCUCAGAGGAGUACAGUGUUCCUGAUGGAAUGGUGGGACUCAUCAUUGGCCGUGGUGGAGAACAGAUCAAUAAGAUCCAGCAGGAAUCGGGCUGCAAGGUUCAGAUAGCCCCAGACAGUGGAGGUUUACCAGAGAGGAGUGUGUCUCUCACAGGGUCCUCAGACUCCAUACAGAAAGCCAAAAUUUUAUUGGAUGAGAUUGUGUCUCGGGGGAGGGGCACGCCCCCCUCAUCCUUCCACGAGGCGACCAAUGGGCAGAGUGGCUCGGGGCAGGAGAUGAUGAUUCCCGCAGGCAAGGCUGGCCUCGUCAUCGGCAAGGGAGGGGAGACCAUCAAACAGCUACAGGAGCGAGCAGGAGUGAAGAUGAUCCUGAUUCAGGAUGCGUCUCAGGGACCCAACAUGGACAAGCCCCUGCGCAUCAUCGGGGAGCCAUUCAAAGUCGAGCAAGCCAUGGAGUUGGUGCAGGAGAUACUAAGGGAGAGGGAUCAGCCUGGCUUCGGAGACCGGAACGAGUACGGCUCCCGCAUGGGGGGAGGAGGAGGGGGAGCCAUGGAUGUUCCAGUGCCACGACACUCUGUCGGGGUGGUGAUUGGUCGCAACGGGGAGAUGAUCAAGAAGAUUCAGAACGACGCCGGAGUUAGGAUACAGUUCAAACCAGAUGAUGGUACAGGUCCAGAUAAGAUGGCCCACAUCAUGGGCCCACCAGACUGCUGUGACCACGCUGCCCAGAUCAUCCAGGAGCUACUGCAGAGCAUCAGGGUCAGGGAGGAGGGAGGACAGGGGGGUCCUCCCGGGCCUCCAGGCAUGUCUCCGAGUGGUGGCGGCAGGGGUCGCAGCCGAGGGGGACAGGGGAGCUGGGGUCCCCCUGGUGGUGGAGGAGGGGAGAUGACCUUCUCCAUUCCGGCCCACAAGUGUGGCCUGGUGAUCGGGCGGGGCGGGGAGAACGUCAAGGCCAUCAACCAGCAGACUGGGGCCUUUGUGGAGAUCUCCCGCCAGCUGCCCCCCAACGGGGACCCUAACUUCAAGCUCUUUGUCAUUCGGGGCUCUCCGCAGCAGAUAGACCACGCCAAGCAGCUGAUCGAGGACAAGAUCGAGGGUCCUCUCUGUCCUGUUGGUCCAGGUCCUGGUGGACCAGGCCCCAUGGGUGCCUAUAAUCCUGGUCCCUAUAACCCAGGACCCCCUGGACCACAUGGUGGUCCUCAUGGCUACCCCCCACAGGGCUGGGGAAACACCUACCAGCAGUGGCAGCCCCAAGCACCCCAUGACCCCAGCAAGGCAGCCGGCGCCGCGGACCCUAACGCAGCCUGGGCAGCCUAUUAUGGCCAGUACUACCAGGGAGGGCAGCCAGGGGGAGCAGUGCCCGGCCAGCCCCCGCCAACCCCCACCGCUGGUGGCCCCGCACCCGGAGACCAGCCCCAGGCCAGCCAGACCCCCGGGGGCCAGCCUGACUACACCAAGGCCUGGGAGGAGUACUACAAGAAGAUGGGUGUCGCCCAGGCAGGAGGCUCUGCAGCGGGGCCAGCAGGUGCCCCAGGUGGAGGCCAGCAGGACUACAGUGCAGCCUGGGCAGAGUACUACAGGCAGCAGGCUGCUUACUACGGCCAGACAGGACAGGCCCCAGGACAGCCUGCCACCCCUCAGCAAGGCCAGCAGACACAGUGAGAGGCCUCGGCUGAGACUCCUAGAGAGAAAAUAAAGAAGACUACUACUACUUCUUAACCCAACCAGUCAACAUUAUAAAAAAAUUUCACGUUUUUUUUUCACGUUUUUGUUCUGAAGGGAUUCUGUGCUGGCAGUCCUUUCCCCGUCCCGUCCCUCCCCUUCCACAUCCCCCAACUCACCACUUGUUUCAAUAAAUAUGCGAAGAGAACAAAAAAUAAAUACAAUUCUAGUGCUUUGCCUGUGAGCUGAAUAAUGGGUUGGAUUUCCAGGGCUGUUAUCUUUCAUUUUGGUUCCCUGAAACCUUCCCUUGUUUUCUCCGUCAUCUGUCAAUCAAGAACAUGAACAUGGGAGAUUUGAACUCUGAACCAUGCUUACGUCCUGAAAUGCUCAUCACUCACCCAAUGAAAUCGCACUUCCCCCUUUUUUAUUUUAUUUACCACAGAUUUAAUUUACUACAGUUACUUAUAGUCCUACACUACUAAUACUGCAUUUACUGAAAUUAACAUUGAUUUAUAAAGAUAACAUUUAAUUACAUUAAUAGUAAAAUGAUUAAGAGUGGGAGGUUUUGCUUUUUAAAGGUGAUGAUUUUAAGUGCUCGGUAGUUUGAUUUGUCCUUCAUUUGGAACAUUCCCACCACCCAAGUCGCUUGGUCUCCAUACAUUUAGAGUUUUGAUUUAUGUUCCGUGAAUUAUAUUUUUGAUUUCCUUUGUGUGUGUGACUGUACAGUGUUAGAAUGUGUCCUCACAAGUGAUGAUAAACGUGCGCAUCUGUGUGAGUGUUUGUGUGGUAACACAGUGGAAGACUUCAGUGAUUGUGGAACGCUAGUUAACAUAGCCACGGGUAUAUCUACAAUGGGAAGUUGACUCCUGCAUACAUCACAUAACACUAGGCUGUUUAACUCAACCCUGUUGCACGGGAGACAAAUGGUGUUUAAGUUUUCCUUGAUCUGUGACCCGGUGUUGUACGUUUUGGUUUUUAUUUUUCAAUUGCUUGUUUUGAAUAAAGUCCCAAUAAAAGAUAUCCUGACCUCCCACCAGUUAGAUCACGUUGUGAUGGUAAUUGGGACCAGGAGUUUUCCCUGCCCGGGGAAAAGCUUUUGGCCCUAGUUAUAGGCUUUAACCAGGGCUAGGGUUGCAAAAUUCUGUGAACUUUCAAUAAAUUCCCUGGUUUUCCCAAAAUCCCGGUUGGAGGGUUCCUGGAAUCAGGAGGGAAUUAGCAGGAAAUCCGGAAUCCUCCAACCAGAAUAUCUUGGAAAGCAGCGAAUGUAUUGAAAUAAAUGGAAUUUUGCAACCCUAACUAGGGUCCCUUGUUGGGAAAAACUCCUGGCCCUAUUCAGAGUGAGUAAAGGCUGCACUGGAAUAAGCUAUUGGUGAAGUCAUGCAUUGUGUCUCAAUAAGAUGGCAAUCUAUGGUUGUUGAGGUUAACGCCAGGGUCGUGUUCAUAAGGGAUUAAACGGACUGAAACGGGGAGGGACUACUGGACUUUUCCAAUAAGAAGCACUCAUUUUCUGUUGCAAAAUGUUUUGGUACGAUGUGCACUAAUGAACAUGACCCAGACUUGCAGAAAUGUUGAAUCACUGUUAACUAUUGAGGAAGAAUGGCAGCUUGGGCACUGUAUUGGAGUCUGCAUUUUGCAGUGCACAGUGUUGAUAUUGUGAAUAAAAUGACCACCAGCAGCAAUAUUCUGUUGAAUUAAAAGGGCGAAACGUCAACAUGUUUUUUAA